GCCACCUCUGCUGUGCGUGCGUGUUCGCCCAAGUAUAGCCUGCAGCUCCUUCGACCAUCGGCCCUCGACCCUCUCACGCCACCGCGUGUUACGUCUCACCUCUUUGCCUUUGCCCUGCCCUGCCUGCCGUCCCGACCCCGCUCCCUCCCCUCUUGCAGCAUCACGCCCUGAGCGGACUGCCAUUGUCUGCCAUUGACGCCUUGUCUGCAUUGACUGCAUUGACUGCAUUGACUCGCCCAGCAUGGCUGCAAACCCCAAUCCCCGCGAACGCAGACCUUCGACGAGCGCCCCGCUUGCCGAUCUCAAAGGCCCCAUCGGCCCCGCCUUUAGCCGCCCAAAGCACAAGAGAACCGUCACGGGCUUUGGUCCCACCGAGAUCAAGACGGUCGAAGCGAGUAUCCCAGAGCCCCAGCGCGAGGCAUGGAGGAAGUUUACGCCCAAGCCCUUCUCUACCCCCGAAGACUUCAGCAAAGAUGCCGUUCGCCAUAUCGAAACUACCCUGGCACGCUCCCUCUUCAACUGCGACGAGUCGGCUGCAUACGCCGGAACGGCCCUGGCCUUUCGCGACCGCCUCGUCCUAGACUGGAAUAAGACACAGCAGAGCCAGACCUUUGCUGACCAGAAACGCGUAUACUACCUCUCUCUGGAAUUCCUCAUGGGGCGUGCGCUGGACAAUGCUAUGCUCAACGUUGAACAAAAAGACGUUGCUACCAAGGGCCUCGGCGACCUGGGCUUCCGCAUGGAGGACAUCAUCUCCCAGGAGCACGAUGCUGCCCUUGGAAACGGUGGUCUCGGUCGCCUAGCCGCAUGCUUCCUCGACUCAAUGGCCUCGCUCAACUACCCGGCCUGGGGUUACGGCCUGCGCUACCGCUACGGUAUCUUUAAGCAGGAGAUUGUCGACGGAUACCAGGUCGAAGUUCCCGACUACUGGCUGGACUUCAACCCAUGGGAGUUCCAGCGCCAUGACAUUGUAGUUGACAUUCAGUUCUACGGCCAGGUCAACCGCUGGCAGGAUGACGAGGGCAAGCAGCAGAGCUCUUGGGAGGGUGGAGAGAUUGUCCAGGCUGUUGCCUUUGACGUACCCGUUCCUGGAUACAAGACGGGCACUUGCAACAACCUCCGUCUCUGGGCCAGCAAGGCCGCUAGUGGCGAGUUUGACUUUCAGAAAUUCAACUCUGGAGACUACGAGAGCUCCGUGGCCGAUCAGCAGCGUGCUGAGACCAUCUCGGCGGUUCUCUACCCUAACGACAACCUCGACCGUGGUAAGGAGCUUCGCUUGAAGCAGCAGUACUUCUGGUGCGCCGCCUCGCUCUACGACAUUGUCCGACGUUUCAAGAAGAGCAAGCGCGCGUGGAAGGAAUUCCCCAACCAAGUCGCCAUCCAGCUCAACGACACCCACCCGACGCUUGCCAUUCCCGAGCUGCAGCGGAUAUUGUAUGAUAUUGAAGGACUCGACUGGGACGAGGCGUGGAACAUUGUCCAAAAGACAUUCGGCUACACCAACCACACCGUCCUCCCAGAGGCGCUCGAGAAGUGGUCUGUUCCGCUUAUGCAGCAUCUCCUUCCACGCCACCUUCAGAUCAUCUAUGAAAUCAACCUCCACUUCCUCCAGUUCGUCGAGAGGACUUACCCCAAGGACCGCGAAAUGCUUGCGCGCGUGUCAAUCAUUGAGGAGUCGCAGCCAAAGAUGGUCCGCAUGGCCUACCUGGCUUUGAUUGGCUCACACAAGGUCAACGGCGUAGCUGAGCUGCACUCUGACUUGAUCAAAACAACCAUCUUCAAGGACUUUGUCAAGAUCUACGGACCUGACAAGUUCACCAAUGUCACCAACGGCAUUACCCCGCGAAGAUGGCUGCACCAGGCCAACCCCAAGCUCUCCGCACUGAUUGCCUCGAAACUCGGCGGAUACGAGUUCCUCAAGGAUCUUACGCUGCUCCAUAAGCUUGAGGCAUUUGUCGAAGACAAAGAGUUCCGCAAAGAGUUCCGUGAUAUCAAAUACGAGAACAAGGUGCGACUCGCGCAGCACAUCCUAGAGCACAAUGGUGUCAAGGUCAACCCGGCAGCCCUGUUCGAUGUCCAAGUCAAGCGUAUCCACGAGUACAAGCGUCAGCAGCUGAACAUUUUCGGUGUUAUUCACCGCUACCUGCAGAUCAAGGCCAUGACUCCUGAAGAUCGCCAGAAGCUGACGCCCCGCGUGUCGAUCUUUGGCGGAAAAGCUGCUCCAGGUUACUGGAUGGCCAAAAUGGUCAUCCACCUUAUCAACAAGGUUGGUGAUAUUGUCAAUAACGACAAGGACGUUGGGGAUGCUCUCAAGGUGAUCUAUCUCGCCGACUACAACGUCAGCAAGGCGGAGAUCAUCUGCCCUGCCAGUGACAUUAGCGAGCACAUUUCAACUGCCGGUACCGAGGCGUCUGGUACGAGCAACAUGAAGUUCUGCCUCAACGGUGGUCUGAUUAUUGGAACGUGCGAUGGUGCCAAUAUUGAGAUUACGCGUGAAAUUGGCGACCAGAACAUUUUCCUUUUCGGAAACUUGGCCGAGGAUGUCGAGGACCUCCGUCACGCACAUAUGUACUCGCAGUACCAGCUCGAUCCAUCGCUAGCCAACGUUUUUGAUGCUAUUCGCAACAACAUGUUUGGCGAUGCCGACCAGUUUUCGGCCCUGAUCAACGGCAUCGUUGACCAUGGUGACUACUACCUGGUAUCGGACGACUUUGCGUCGUACGUCAAGACACAGGAGCUCAUUGACGAGAGCUUCAAGAAUACCGAGGAGUGGACCACCAAGACCAUCACCACAGUCGCACGCAUGGGAUUCUUCUCGAGUGACAGGUGUAUUGAUGAGUAUGCCGAGGCUAUCUGGAAUGUAGAGCCCCUUCAGGUCAAGAGCGACCCGGCCUAGUAGAGGGCGACUAGGGCGAAGUGCAGGGACGGUUGCUUGGUAGAUGUGGAAGACUACUUGCCUAGAUGCUAGAGCUGCUUCUCUUUGGUAGUCGUUGGUAUAUUCUACGAGCGGAAUAAUCAAGUGGCUUCAUGCCCGGAAGAGAUGCAUUCCGCGGUGACACGAGACUUGUCAUGCUGCUUGAUGACACAUGUUGCGAAUUGCACGUGCAGUGUCCAGCAGCCCCCUCCCACCUGCACCUAGCCACAGCAA